UGUUCUUGCCGUUUCGAAAGGGAACCUAACAUUAUAAGAUCGAUGCGACGAUGAAAUGGGCCUUCAAAGAAUUUGCCAUCCAUUUGAAUUGCAUCCGCUGUGUUCAUUUUUAGCGAUGAUUCAGGCCUAAAAUUGGUCCCGCAAAUACAAUAAUCACCAUCAUCAUUGUGAUCAAUUCUGUCAAUAAUCCUCUCACCUAUUUCUCAAAUAAAUUAAUUAAAUUAUGCGAACAUCGUGGAAUCUUCGCUUUCCUUAUGGUAGAUGCUUAAUUUCGUGGGUGAAAUGGGUUUGACUGCCCUUAGCUGUGGCAGGUAUACUUGCUUUUUCCACUGUCUUUCUUUGCUAUCUGUUGUUGUUUUUUCUCACUAGACAACGGUUUCCACCUAUUGUAGUUCUGUCUCUUACUAUUGAAUAUUCGCUUCAUUGUCUACUAUCGUACUUAAUUUAAAUGAAACUCUGUUCACAACUGUGUUUUGAGGAUGCAACUUUUCUAGCUUGGGAAAAUUUAUGUUCCUUGGAUUGAUUGACAUAUCACACCAUUUCUUUUUGUCUCUGCUUACUCUUCUUUGAGUUCUUGAAUUUUUUGAUGGAUGAAUGAGCAGUUUAGUGAUGAUUUAGGGUUUCCCAGUUGGUGUUCUGUGAUGGGUUGUUGUGGGUUCUCUCUUUCUUGUAGGCUUUAGGCCGGUGAUUUUUAUAUGCUUUUGUUUGCUCAAAAUUUUGUUGCUUGUGUCAGCUUUUCACUUGCGAGUUCGAAAGGAACUCUUUCAGUCCUCUCUUCAAGUAGGUUUCUUUGGUAUAUUUGAGUUUGUUUUGGGCAAUUUUAGUGUUCUGGGAAGAUUUGGAAAUAUUUGAUUCAUUUUUUCCCUGCUAAUUUUUUUUUUCUUUUCUUUUUUUUUUCAUUCCCCAUGUUGUAAUUUCUUUAUUACUUGAUGUUUUAAUAGGUAUACUAUUCCUUCAGAAUCUCAGGAAGUCUUAGAGCCAGUUGAAUUUCGUUAUUUCCAGUCUUAACUCUUAUAAACACCCUUCUUUUAUGUUAAAAGUUAUACCGUUUUUGGGCUUUCAAAUGGGGGUUUUCUUCCUUUCACUAGAACUGGAUAUUAUUCUUCUUUGUAAGUUGAGUUUUUAAACUUUAUUAUUUGGACGUAUUUGAUUCUGAUAACUUCCUGUGUUCCUAGCUUCGUUUUCUAUGUCACUGGCCUGUUGUAUUCCGGUCGCUGAAGGUGUCUACUGUAUAGCAUGUGCUCGUUGGUUGUGGUUGAAGUUUCUUUAUAAUGCUGGCCAUGAAAGUGAAAACUGGAGCCUGGCCACGACUGAGGAAUUCGAACCUAUUCCUCGAUAUUGUCGACUAAUCCUAUCUGUAUAUGAAGAUGAUCUCCGGAACCCACUUUGGGCUCCUCCAGGUGGUUAUGGCAUUAAUCCCGAUUGGGUAUUACUACGAAAGGAUUAUGAAGAAACUCUUGGUCGUGUUUCCCCAUAUAUGAUUUACCUUGAUCAUGAUCACGGUGAUGUAGUCUUGGGAGUUAGAGGACUUAACUUGGCAAAAGAAAGUGAUUAUGCAGUUCUGCUGGAUAACAAACUUGGACAGACAAAGUUCUGUGGUGGGUAUGUACACAAUGGUCUUUUGAAGGCAGCUGUAUGGAUUUUUGAAUCAGAGUGUGAAGUGUUAAGAGAACUGGUUGAAAAGAAUCCAGGUUACACCUUGACAUUUGUUGGGCAUUCCCUAGGGGCUGGAGUAGUGUCAUUAUUGACGAUAGUUGCACUGCAGAAACAAGAUAGAUUGGGGAACAUUGAGAGGAAGAGGAUCAGAUGCUUUGCUAUUGCUCCUCCUCGGUGUAUGUCACUAAAUUUGGCAGUGAGAUAUGCAGAUGUGAUCAAUUCUGUAGUACUUCAGGAUGACUUCUUGCCUCGGACCACUACCGCUUUGGAGGAUGUAUUCAAAUCUCUUGUCUGCCUACCAUGUUUAUUAUGCGUGAUGUGCGUCAAGGAUACAUGCACAAUGGAGGAGAAGAUGCUUAAGGAUCCAAGGCGGCUGUAUGCUCCUGGUCGUCUUUAUCACAUUGUUGAGCGAAAACCGUUUAGGAUUGGAAGAUUUCCUCCAGUUGUAAAGACAGCAGUGCCUGUAGAUAAGAGGUUUGAGCAUUUAGUCCUUUCUUGCAAUGCUACUUCAGACCAUGCUAUUAUCUGGAUAGAGAGAGAGUCCCAGAAGGCUCUUGAUGGUUGAUUCAACAUUGAGUGAAUGAGCUAGAUGUUGCACAACCUGUUUACGCUGAUGAUUGAUACAAGUUUUGGUGGAGAAUUGUAUAAAUUGAAAUGGGUUGAAAUAGAUUAUGUUUUUUCCUCUCCCCAGAUCAUGAUGGAGAAUGAUAAAGCCUUAGAAAUCCCAGUGCAGCAGAGGAUGCAAAGGCAGGCUUCGGUAGAACGAGGACAUGGUGAAGAGUACAAGGCAGCUCUCGAGCGAGCUGUCGCAUUGGAAAUCCCUGAUGAAAACUUGCCACUCUCCUAUGGAACAUUCAGUGAAUUGGAAGAAGGUGAGAAUUCUAGCCAAUCAAUCAAAGACACAUCGGUGGCAUCAUCGACAAAACAAAGGGAUAGUUGGGAUAAAUUCAUAAAACGGUUUUUCGAUGAGGAUCAGUCGGGUCGAAUGGUGUUCAAAAAGUCAUAAGCCUUACUGAAUUUGUGAAUUCUUAUUUGGGAAGUAGGAACUGCAAGUACCAUUCUUUUGACUGUAUAAAGAAACAUAGAUUUUGUAGAUAACUUCAUUUGUUCCCCAGAAUAGGACAGAUAGAAUAUCCCUUUUUUUUUUCUUUUUCAUUUUUGAUUUUUGGGUUCCUUGUUGCCUUUGCUUCAUUUGUGAUAAGCAAAAGCCAUAGUUUAGAAAUGACCUUGUGGUAAAUUGGGAUUCUAUUUCAUUAUCAUCAUUUAUUAUUUUAUAUUAGUGAAUAAGAUAUCACAUUCUUAAGUAUAAACGUUAAGAAUGUUCUUCA